AUGGAUACAGAUCUUCGAGCCGGGUUCGCAUCGUACACCUUUUCCAACCUCUUUGCGGAUUUCACUAAACUCUUAAAGGAUGAAAUAAUGAAGGUUUUUGGAGUUAGUGAUGAGAUGCGGAAGUUAGAUAGAUUGAUCCUUAAAGUCAACGAUGUGAUCGAUACCUUAGAGACAAGCUACGCAGCCUCUCCUACAAAUAUACUCAAGAAGCAUGCUUGGGUUGAAGAAGCCAAUAGGCUUAAGUAUGAUGUGGAUGAGUAUUUGGAAGAUAUUUCAAUACAAUUAGGUGUUUGCAAAGGUGACUCAAACAUACUUAAUGCACUGUUAUCUACUUUCAAGUUAGAUGCCCCACAUAAAAUUAGUCAGCAUGUGAAAAAGUUAGAGGAGCUUAUUGCGGAAAUUGACAACACGUUUGUGAUUGAAUUGCUUAACCUAAAAGUAGCUAAGCCGAAUCUUAGAAAGCACUCCUCUUACAUGAUUUCCAGUCCCAGAUAUGAAGAACUAAUGAUCUCGAGAGUGGAUCAAAGGGAAAAAAUCAUAAAGAUUCUGUUUCGAGAGGAUGUAUCUGCUAUUUGCGUAGCAGGCAUGGCCGGAAUUGGAAAAACUGCAUUUGCUGAGUCUAUUCUCAAUAACAAGGAAGUGAUGGAUGCAUACCCAUUGAGAAUAUGGGUUUCCGUUAUGGAAGGAUUUGACGUGGUCAGAAUAAUUAGAGCCAUAAUUGAGUCCAUCUCAGCAACAAACUGCAAGUUAACUGAAUUAUGGACAUUACAGUCGAUGCUACGAUGCAUGGUCGAGGGAAAAACAAUUAUAGUGGUACUGGAUGAUUUCUGUACCGAGGACUAUGAUGAUUGGGAGAAACUUUCUGCGCCGUUUGAGAAAUCUGAGAAAAGUAAAUUCAUCAUUACCACACGAAAUUCUAAAGUUGGACGUGUUGUUGGUGCUGAAAUAUUUCAGCUUCCAGUUCUCUUGGAUGAGGAAUGUUAUAAGAUUCUGAGUGAAAGACCCUUUGUCAAGAACCAGUUGCAGAAUUUAAAAGGGUUCGGAAUUCAGCUUGCUAAAAAAUGUAAAGGGAUUGCACUGGUGGCAAAAAUAAUGGGGGACUUGCUUCAGUGUUUACCCGACGAGGAGUGGGAGUGGAUCCUUAAAUGUGAGCUGUGGGAUUUGCCACAAUAUAAAGAUUUUAUAAUCCCCGUUCUCCUGGAAAGUUAUUGUUCUCUACCGUCGCAUUUAAAGAAGUGCUUUUGCUAUUGUUCGUUAUUUCCACCUGGUUACGGAUUUGAGAUGAAUAGUCUGGUUUUGUUAUGGCUAGCAGAAGGUUUGAUUCAACCGGUACAAAAUAGGCGGUUAGAGGAUCUUGGAAAAGACUACUUCAAUGAACUUGUGAGUAGAUCUUUUUUCAAUUUGGCUGAUGAAAAUCAUGUUCAAAUCAAAUUGUAUAAGAUUCAUGAAUUUACCCUAAACUUGGCACUAUACGUCACGUCUGGUAUAUAUAAGCGAGUUGAAGGGGACUUCUAUUCAUCACUUGACAAGGUUAGACAUUUGUCGGUUUGUCAUGAUUCUGCUCACUCUUCCAUGAAUCUGAAGGUAUUCCCCAGUUGUGAAAGGUUGAAAACUUUUUUGUUAUGUCCUGCAAGAAAUGCUUUUGUUUGCGAACAAAUAUCAGAUCUCCUUGGAAAGUUCAAAAUCUUAAGGGUUCUAAACUUGAAUUCCGGAGGUAUUACUGAAGUACCGGACAAAAUUAGUGACUUAAAACAUCUGCGUUAUUUGAAUCUGGCCAACAAUAACAUCAGUUCUUUACCUUUAUCACUCUGUGAGCUUUCUUGGUUACAAACAUUAGUUUUAACGAACUGUCCACUUGAUUGUUUGCCUGAAAAUUUUAGUAGAUUGUCUGAGCUCCGUCACCUUGUAUUUGACGUAAGAGGCCAACUCCGUCGAAUGCCAAUACAUUUCGGAUUUUUGGUCAAUCUUCAGACUCUCGAUGCUUUUAUUGUGGAAGAGGAUGAAGGAUAUACAAUUGAGGAACUUAAGGACCUGACAUCUCUUGGAGGAUCAAUUUGCAUAACAGCACUAGAGAAUGUAAACGGUAAAUCAGCUGCUGAUAGUGCCUUAUUAAAGAUGAAACAAUGGAUUAGUAAACUUGAGCUGGAAUGGAGAGGUUGUAAGAAUGGAAAUGACCAGGAUGAAGUCUUAACUGGUCUUCAGCCGCAUGAGAAUUUGAAAGAGCUGAUUGUAAGGAACUACAGUGGUACAAGUUUUCCACCCUGGUUUACUGAUAGAACAACCUGCUUUCUGAAAGUUAUUCACCUCCAAAGGUGUCAUGAAUGCACCAUUCUCCCACCUCUUGGAAAACUUCAGUUCCUUGAACAUCUUUCUGUUGAAUCCAUACCUAAGUUGAAAAAGAUACAUGCUGAUUUCGCAGGAGUAGAUGACUUUCAAUCACUCAAGUCACUAUCAUUUAUUGAUAUGGUUCAACUGGAUGGCUGGGACUGUCUAGGAUCUCUUGCAAUGUAUCAACUACGUGAUCUUACGUUUAGUCGUUGUCCCAAUCUAAUGGCCAUACCCAUUUUAGGCAAACUCAACUCACUUCAGAACUUAAAAGUUUCAGGAUGUGAUGCCCUUGGCAUUUUGCCAGAGUUUUCAGGGAAUUUGGCAUCUAUUCAAUCGCUCAUCAUUCAUGGUUGUCCAAUUUUGAUAUCGCGAUAUACGAUUUGGGAAUGGUCCAAGGUCAAAACAAUACCGGUGGUAGAGUUUGACGGGAAGAAAAUGUCAACACAAAAAGAUGAAAGUUGA